AUGGCUCCUCAACUUGAUCCCCCGCAGACCGUCGACUGGAUGGGCAAAAAGGUGCCCGUCUGGAGCAUGCAGACCAUCGACUACGGUCGUCUGCUCUCCCACGAUCCCUCGGAGAUUGACAAGCUGGUCAGCGCUUGCACGGACGAGGGCUAUUUCUACCUCGACCUGCAGGGCAUUGACGGCCGCCGCAUGCUGGCCGACCAGCAGGAGACACUGAGGCUCAUGGAGCGCUUUUUCGCUGAGCCCAUUGAGGCCAAGAAUGAGUUUGGCCUGAUCUCCUCCCACCUCGGCUACGAGCCUGUGGGCAGUCGCACUGGCGUUGCUGCCGGCACCAAGGACGGCUACGAGAUGCUCAAGGUGUCUCGUGACGAGAUUCAGCGCGACAGCCCCAAGAUUCCCGCCGCCGUCAAGGCCAGCGGUGACCUUCGGAUCCUGGAGAACACCAUUGGCAGCUGCAACACCAUCACGAAGGUCAUGCUGUCUUGCCUGUCGGACGGUCUCUUCUUGCAGGGCGCCGGCCGUUUUGAGAACCAGCACCGCAACGAGCGCCCAUCCACGACUACGCUCUCUAUGAUGCACUAUCUGCCUCACGAGGAAACUGGUCCCGAGCGCAUCGGCCACCAGAAGCACACAGACAUCAGCACCCUGACCCUCCUCUUCAGCGAGCAGUGGGGUCUCCAGGUCCGUCCCCCCGGCACCUGCGGCGCCCGCGAGAUGGGCUUCGUCGCGCCCAAACCCGGCUGCGCCUUUGUCCACGUCGGCGACUCGCUGCGCUUCGCGUCAGGCAUGAAGUUCCAGAGCUGCAUCCACCGCGUCGUCCCCUUUGACCCCACCGAGCACCGCUACUCCAUUGCCUACUUUCUGCGCGCAGAGGACGACACCAUGUUCAUCGACUCGGAGGGCCGCGCCAUCACCGCGGGGCAGUGGCACGACCAGAAGUUCAAGGCCUUUACGGACCCGGAGAUGUGGCAGGCCAUGGCGCCCAAGUCGAUGAUUCUCGGCGGGAUGAAGGAGGAUGGCGAGGACGAGCCCAUCAAGCCUCUGAUGGAGACGACGACCAAGACAGCUGUGUCGACGCAAGCUUAA